AUGUAUGGCUACCUGUGGGAUCAGCCUGCUGAUUCGAAGACGAUUAUUUUAGAUGAGUUCCCACUUGCUGAUUUUUGCGACAUACCCCUCACUCGGUUCACUGAUCUCCAGUGCUUGUCCGCAAAUGCUUGUGGAGUGUCUUCUCUGCUUGGUUUGACACAGUUACCCAACCUGACGUAUCUGCAACUCAACGACAACCUGUUGGGGUACUCCACCGACCCCCAUUUUGAGAUCCUGGCGACAGCGACACCUAACUUGAAGCGACUGACUUUGGCUCACAAAGGCAUCAGUACCGUGGAUUUCUUGGAGCCAUUGAAAAACCUGUCGGCACUCCAUACCGUGGACCUGUUCCGCAACAGCGUGAACCGGACCCAUUCCAGUGAACUGUUCCGUGUUAUCCCCCAGGUUAUGCGAUGGACUGGAGAGGAUGGAGACGUCGAAAGCGAAAGCGACGAAGAGAUGAAUGACCUUACUUGGCUGCUGUCGGACGAUGAUGUGGACCACAUCUCCGACUCCGCCUUGGAACCGGACGUAGAUGAGUCGGCCUCGGAUGCGGACGCUGAUGAGAUCCCGGACACGGCCUCGGAACCCGACGGCAACCGCCAGGAUGGCGAUGACGACGUAGUUAUGCUUAACUAG